AUGUUCCGUUUCCCUGUUUCGCCGGCCCCGCCGCUGGCCGCCGCAUCAGCCGCCCUGCGUUCCGAGAAUGUGCUCUGGCCACCAUGCACGGCGCAUGCUGUACCGCAGCAGACAGCGAGCUCAAGGGUGCCAGCUGUGACGGAGACAUUUGGGGCAACGGCUUUGCUUGCCUCGGCUGUGGCCUCGUCGGUGGCCUUUAGAAGGUAUUCUCGAGGUUUCCGAAGACGGCGGGGUUUUUGCCAACUUCCGUGUCGGGCUUGGCGGAGCUGGGCAGAGGAGCUGGCCAUCGAAGCACCUAAGGUGGAGCUCGCCACUUUGAAAGAUGCCUUUGGCAAGGACUUGCGCGGGAUGAUUGCCACAUCCAGCAUCGAUCUGGACGAGGCCAUCAUCACGGUUCCAGCAAAGCGGGCACUGCAGGUCACCACAGGCGGGAUCUGUCCCGCCGGUGAAGAUUUUGCAAUGAGUGAGGACUGGCAACAGCUGCCUUGGUGGGCACAACUGGCGAUCUUGGUCUUGCGAGAGGCGAAGUCAGGCGAUGCAUCCUUUCUCAAGGAAUGGGUAGACAGCUUGCCUCGAGAAUUCCCAGAAAUUCCCAUGAACUGGACCGAGGAAGAUCUGGAGCUGCUAGAGUAUCCGCCAAUCCUUCGACAGAUCGAGAAACAACGCCGUGAGCUUCAAGAUGCCUUUGGUCUUGCAGCGCAAACGUGCCGCCUGCGCUUCACCGAGGCUGAGUUCACCUGGGCGGUCCAAGUCGUCCGCAGCCGUGCCUUCAGUGGACCGUACGAGGGUCGCAACGCCCAGGACCGAUUGGCACAGCUGGCAUUCACCGCUGCCUUGGCCGGUGCGGGCGUCGCCUCCGGCGCGCUGUCGCUGGAGGCAAGCCUUAAUGGCGCCUUGGCGGCUGCGCUGGCCAUUCCUUUACAGGACUUCCUCGUUGGACAGACGUCCAAGCUGAAGAGGCACGUGGUUUGUCCGGUCGUGGAUUACCUCAACCAUGACAGCGAUGCCAUCUCCGACAUUGCUUAUGAAUAUUUCGGCAAUGCAUUCGUCGUGCGGGUGAACGGUACCUUUCAGGACGGUGAAGAAGUCUGCAUCAACUAUGGCGAGAAGCGGAGCAACGACACCCUGCUUCAGUUCUAUGGCUUUGUUGAAAGGGACAACGCAAACGAUGCUUACACCGUGGACCUGCUGCGACACCUCGACGAGGAGGCUGCGUCGAAAGGGCAAGCAAUGGAGGUGAGGCUGUCGCGCACCGGGCCGGACGAUGAGUCCUUCGAAAGGCUGCUGUCGCUACUUGCUGGCGGGGGAACCCCUGGCGCAAGCGAAGAAACCAUGGCUUGGAAGGCUGUUUCCAUCGCCUGUGAAGCAGAGCUCCAGCGGCGUAGUGCCGGAGAAGCUCGGGAGCUGGAAAGUGCAGGCACAGGCGUUCGGGCGCUGGCAGCGAGGUUUGCUGCUGAGAAGGAGAAGGUCUUACUAGCUUGCCGUGCACAUGCCGAAUCAAGGCCAUUGCAUCCCGACAUUGCUUUGCUGCAGCCGCAACUGGUCAUCAUCAUGAGUAGCGAGAGCAAGGAUGUCGUUUCCACCAUGCCGUUGGGUGUGCGUCGAUGCGCACGUUAUCUGUGCUGGGCGGCCCAGGGUGAGCUCGUGGCUGCAAUUGUCGAGUUUGAAAGCGAGCAUUCGACGUCCGCGGAGCAGCAGCUCAUGGUGUGGUCUUGGCCAUCUGGCGAGCGUUUAGCAACCUCCACCUGUGGUCGGGGAACUCAAGACAUCGCCGGGUCCCCGGACGAGGCCGUCUUACUGACGGUGGGGCCUUAUGGAGCAAAAGUUUGGACUUUGGUACGCUCGCAUGACUCCAUUACUGGGAGGUCAGCUGGGGGCAUCAAGCUCAGUUGUGGGGGAGGAUUGCUGCCGCUGCGACUGCUGGGGCGUUCCCUGCCUAUUGGGCCAAUCGGCCCCACUGCCCUGGCCGCAUGCAGCCGCUUGGCGGGCACUGCUACGGCAGGUCGCAGGCGGCCAGCUGAAGAUUCACUAGUUGCCGUCGCAUUUGGUGUGGAGAGUGCCCUUUUCCUGGCAACGAAGCACGGCGGCCUUGGCGUCACCUUUUGUGAAUCCACGAGCAAGGCCCCGCUGUGGCGAGAUCUCGGCAAGCGGAUUGCAGCCCUGCGAUGGGCCCGGCGCCUGCUUGGUGCCGCCCCGCCCGGCGGUGUGUUGGCCUGUGCGCUGGCAGGUGGUAUCGUGGAUGUACUAGAUGCAUCCAGUAUGACCACCGUCUUCAAGCUGAAUGCUAGUUCCAGUACACGGCCAGAUGCAAUCGGUGUUGCGACCAAUCCCCUCAUGGAUGGUUUGUGGGUCCUGUAUUCUGAUAGAUCAUUAUCGUUUUUUUCAGACAGUGCUGCUGCAGCCUGGACACUGCCCGGGGCCGUGUGUGACUUCCGGGGCUCCUACACGCUGCCAGGCAACAUCCUGACGCGGGUUGUGUCCUAUUCCAGCUGGAGUGUGCAGCUUUGGACAAGGCCGCUGCAUGGAGACUUGCGGCUUGAAGUCCAGACCGAACCGGCUUCUGCGCAGGGUUGCGAGCUGACAGCUCUCGCUGUCUCCCCCUGGGUUGUUGCAUGUGGACAUGCCAACGGUGAGGUGAGGCUGCUUGCAGCUCUCCAUGGCCUUCGUGAACUUGGGCUUAUGCCAUCCAAGCAUGCAGCAGAGGUUUUGGGACUGAGCUUUGGGCAUUGGAAGCCCGCAUCUCUACGGCCUGUUCUUCUGGCUUCUGUCUCACAAGAUCGUAGCGCCUUCGUCUUCAGCAUAGAGCUUCAGCAAAGCAGCACUGGCAUCGAGUCCAGCCGAGCGAGCCUCCUGUUGCACCUGCAGCAUCACUCGUCGCCGGUGCAACAUGUUGCCCUUCUGACUACGCCAAGCAGCUCACCCAUGGGCAGUGAGAUAUUUCGCGUAGUCGUUUGCACGUCUGACCAGUUGAUCUGGCGAGAAGCUGAGUCCACGGAGAGCCGCACCUCUGUGCAUAAGUGUGCCCGACAGCAGGCAGCACGGGGCUCUCGGUGGGUCGGAGUGUGCAAUGAUGCUGUCCGAGGCCGCUUCUACGCAGCUUGUAGCAAUCGGCGUGUGCUGCAGCUGGAUGAAGCUGGUCGCCGAACUGAAGAGGUCGUCAUCGGUGGGAGUAAUGUCGAGAUUGUCGGGCCAAUCCAGCUGAGCAACGAUGGAAGAUUCUUGGCCGCCAUCCUCAAAGGUGCAGCGGGAGUUCUGCUGUUUGCAGCCGGAGGCUGCUUGCAGCCCCUUGCCCGAUUGGCAGCUGGGCAGGCUGAUCCACCCAGAGGAGUUUCCUUUUUACCAGGUGAUCAGAUGAUUGCCUCUUGGACGGAUGGCACCCUGCUGAGCUGGAAAGCCCCGGACACACAAAUAGCUCGUGCAGCUGGCUCGCACGAAGUACAGGCCAUACAGGGAGAGGCAUUGCGACGGGCCAUGUCUCCAAGAGAAGCCGGAGUCGGAGUUGCUGGAGUUGCCAGAGCCACAAAGCUUCGGCCGGCCAGUGGCAGCCCACCCCGCGGUCGACGCAGUGCUCGUGUUGCGGGGCCUUUGCGCUCAAGCUCCAGUGCCCUGGCACCUCGCAAGCCAAUCCCACUCUCUGCUCGAGUGACGGGCCAGCCAGGGCAGCAAGGCCAGCAAGGGCCGAAGACAUCCAGGCCAAGCCUGGGUGAGGAGAGGCGAAAGGAUUCCAUCAAGUCGCAAAUUCAGGCAACCCAAACCUACCCGAGAGAGAAGGACGCUCCGGCCAAGCGGCUUCCGGAAGGCCUCCGCGAGCUUCGACGCUUGUUAGCCUCUUCCCCAAGCCCGCCGCGCUGGGCAGAGGCCGAGGCUUCGGCCGAGGCCUCGAUCGAAAAGAGCAGCUUGCUCUGUGGUGACAGCGAGAAGGAGGAACCGAAGCCUAAGCAGGCGCCGAAUCCCGUGACCCAACCCACAGAGCUUGGGAAGUGGGCUCGGGGAAGCUUGGUCGGUGCCCAGGUUCGCUCCGCAUCUGACCUGCACCGUGUCGGUCCCAGAGAGGAGCUCGAACAGGAGGUUCAAGUCCGCUGCGCAUCGGAAGGAGCACAAGGACGCUGCAGAGAGAUAUUGAAACGACGGCUAUUCAUUCAGCCGCUUCCUCCGAAGCCUGUUUUUCCACCUCCCGAUCAAGGCGAUCAAGGUCCUGUGAGUGCUCAGCACCCACUCGAAGUCAGUGCGAUUUCCUCAACACAUUUUGCUGGCAUUGAGCGCCGACGAAGCACCGAAAGCUGCGUCGAAAGUGUUGACAGCAGCCAGGGACCUCGAGUCCCGCCAGCACCUGCGCUGCCGAUUUUCUUGUUACCCACCCCCUGCAGGGGACGCCAGGAGCAGUUGCCGCUGAAAAGCCCAAGUUCGGAGCUUGAAGACUUAGUGGACACCGUUGUCACCUUGAAGACGCGGCUAUCUGCCAUUCAGCCUGACAGGCUGCCAACUCAAGAGGCGAACUUGUUGUUGGAACCUCUCCAGAGGUGUCGACCAGCCACGGCUGCACCGUUGUCACUCCUGAGUCGAGCGACGCUGCUGCCCAGUUUCCAGGACGCAGAGUCUUGGAAGCACGAGUGGGCCUCCAACGUCUUCGAAGCAGCUGAUCUGGAAGCUUUGCACCGCGAAGGCUUUGUGAUUCUUCCCGGGGCGUUUGACAAAAGCCUUGCCUUCGAUGCCAAGGAGGAGUGUGAAGCCCUGGACGGUUCGGCUACCACCGUGACGACAAACCGCUGCAACCGUGGGUCCAGGUCUGCGUGGCUGGACUUCGGUGAACCAGCGGGUCUGGCACAGCUGGAAGAGCGUCUGCCAGCGCUCAGCCGUCUCGGACGAAUGCUGGCAGGGCUGCCGGCUCAUGUGCAUGGACUCGGGGGCUUUGGUGAGGAACUCAAAGUCCAUCCUGCAGCGAUGAUCGCCGUUUACCCGGAACAAGCGGCUGCAUAUGCCUUGCACAAGGACUCGUAUGCGCCAUCCGACAACGACCCGGCCACGGGCGCCACCAGACGGCUGACUGUGCUUGCAUACUUAAAUGACUGGCACGAUGGGUAUGGUGGCGAGCUGCGCAUCCACUCCGGUGGCGAGCGGCCCGACCCAAGGCGCUAUCGGAAUGUGGAGCCCAAGGCUGGCACCGUGGUGCUUUUUGACAGCCGCAGGAUUUGGCAACUCAGCUGA